UAUACGCUCCUGCUGUCCGUAACGCACUUAUAACUCGCCAGAGCUUGAAAGUUGUGCCGCAAGUCCUGCGAUAAGCGCGAGCUUUCGAGUGCACAGUGAAAGUGAAAAUGUGAAAACGGACAACUUGUAGAAACUUCAGACGAUAGCAGCGAUGGAGGGAGACAAUUAUACACAAGACGUCGAAAACGACGUCCCGCCGCAUGUUUGGGCAUUUAUUCACGAAUUUCUGCUGGGACAGGCGAAUCCGAAGUUAGAUUUGCGGAAACCGCACUUCAGACCUUCGGUGGCCACUAGCUACCCUUUUAUCUUGUUUAUGUAUUCGUUGCUCAUUGUGACCGGAGUGGCGUUAAACUUGUCAGUUUUUAUUCACAUCGUCCGAAACAAGCUGUACAAUGAUGUCACCUGCAGUUUUGUUCUCAACAAUGUCAUUAGCGAUAUUGUCAAAUGCGUGGUGGUGUUGCCGAUAACGUUGUACGUUUUGUUGAUAAACAACUGGAUUCUGGGCGAGCUGCUGUGUUCGUUCUUGCCGAUGUUACAGGACAUUCCGAUGCAUACAACGACUUUAACGUUCCUGUUAAUGGCGUGGGACAGAUUGCGUUUCAUUAGACACCCAACGAAAGCUCGUUUGCCGGCAUUCGUCUGCAUUAUUGGGACAUGGUUAGCAUCUGUCUGUUUGGUAUUGCCGUACCCUAUUUACAUCAUUUACAUCGAUCUAGGGAAAUAUGUUCCUUCUUUGGACGGCGUGGGCAUUUGUCUUAUCAAUCUAGCCGACGACAUGCAGGAAUAUAUGCGAGGAAUUUUCCUAAUUAUGUAUGCCGCUCCUCUCGCCACUAUUUCUUACUUAUACGUAAGAGUUUCGCAAGAAUUGCAGAGUCAACAGAGCUCCCUGACUGACAUAAAAUUCGAAAACCGGAGCAGGGAAGGACGUUCCAGGACCGAUUCGCACUCGACGACAACGGAUUUCCGGAGCAGCCGCGGAGAUUGUGACCGCUCCAGCCAAUACAGCCGCAACAGUUACAGGGAUCACGAAAACGGCCGUAUAAGAUACAACACCGACGAACCGGAACUGGAUCUGGCAAAGGAGAAAAGGACGCAGCGCUAUCUGGUGCCGAUGGUGACUCUGUAUGCGAUUUAUUUAUGCCCGCUGAUGAUCCUUCGUCUGGCUCGAUUAGUCCUCCCGGAAACGUACGACAACAACAAAAACUUUGACAUUUCGUAUACUAUGUUCGUGUGGGUGGCCUUCGCGCCCACCUGUUCCACUCCGGUUCUUUACGCCUUCUGGCAGAUGAAUAGAUCUUCAAAGGAGCGUUUGUUGGGUUACUUCCGACUCAGCAAUCGGAAGUUGAGACAGUCGUGUGAAACGGUAAUAACAGCAGCUGGAACACCGGCGGUGCCGAGGGCCAAAUGUAGCCACGUUGGGGUUGAUUCGAUCGUACCACAGGUGGACGACGGCCAUUCGGACAACAACAGUUUCCAGCAGGAUUUUGCUUCGUCCUGAUGACAUAAAGGAAGGCAUUAUUCCAGGGCAAGUUCCUAUCUCUUCCGAGUGGAGCAAUUGAUUUGAAGCAGCUCCAUUAAAAAAACGACAGCACCCUUUUGUGGAGGAUUUUAUUACAUUUGAGUGUAAAACCUUGACGUAAUUAAAUGGCACGAUCCUACUAAAUGUGAAUUUUAUUACCCGAAGAAUAAUCGUUGACAGUGGAUUGAGCGGGUGUAUUUUUGUAAUUAUCCAUAUUCAACAUAUUUGUGUGUGGACAUCGGCCACAUCAAUGUUUUUUGUACACACUGUUGCUCAGCAAAAUUAGAUGCCUAGGAGUUUAUUAUAAAGUACCAUUUAAAAUUAUACAGCAUGUGCAUGCCUGUCUGAUAAAACGACGACACAAGUAUAAAGUUGUAGAACAGAAGACCAAAUAUACUACUUAUAAACGCUGUACAUUUUUAUAUACAUAUUUUUGAACUGAAUGUAUGCUUACGUACCAUUGUUACCGUAAGCACGACUAAUAUAUAUGUAUAUAUGCGAAGGUUGAUUUACUUAACAAUAUACGAAUUUUUGAAAAAAUACGUUUAUGCAAAAGAAAUAAAAUUUUAGUAUAACGUGUUUUUAAUUAUAUUGAUAGGUGAAUCGACCAUGGAUUUAAUGCAUAAAAUGUAGUGUAAAUAUACCGUGUUGUUUCAUACCAAAGCAUGUUAACUUGUGUUAAAAACUGCAGUAAAAAUGUUAAAGCGAAAUAGCACACACAACCUGUAUAAAAGACUCUAGGUUUGUUGCAUUUUUACCUCUAGGCUAUUAUUUGACCACUAGAGAUGAAAACUACUUGUAUCUCUUGCAAAAUACUGAGAUUUCAGUGUUCCUUCUACUAUUGUAACAUUUACUUGUAAGUACCUGUGUUAUAUAGAAUUUAACAACCGUACUUUUUUGACUAAAGUCAACAUACGGUGGUGAACGGCUUCAAGCCAUUAAUUUGUGUUGUGAUAUGAUAAAUUUUGUUGCUGCUAUGUAUACUACAGUAUUAUAAUAGACGAUUGUUGUUUAUAAUAAGAUUUAUUUAAAAAUUUAA